AUGUUAAGAACAUUGGCAAUAUAUUUGGAAUACAUAAACUUUUCCGCCUCUUCUCACCCAACAGUACCAUUUAAUUGGUACGAUUGGAAAAAUUUGGGGGAGAAUAUAGACUUUAUUAUUAAAAUGGAUAAAGCUUCUAAACCAAACUGUGAAUUUUUAAUAAACAGGUACCAUCCAAGAAGUAAACUAAAAUAUUACGAAGUUCAAUAUGGGCAACCCAUCAUUAGGGAAAAUAGAAACCUUGCUUUAAACAUUUAUGAAUAUUCCGACGAAGAUUUGAUCAGAGAACAGAGCGAAAGUCAACUUGAAAGAGAACAAUACUGUAUCAAAAAGGACUCAAACGUGUUAGGUUUCGAAAUUAAAAAUUUUUUCACGGAUUGUAUGCCUGAGGUUUUAAGUAUCCAAAGUAGUGCAUAUUUAUUUCAAGGUGGUAAUUCUCCUCUGAGCAUCACCAUAGUAAAUUCCCGUCUCCAUAAAUCAAAACAAUUUACGGUUGAACAUUCGGACCAUCCGAUAUUAAGCAAACCCAACAUUUUGUUCAAUUACUUGCAGAAUGAAAAGGGCGGUGAUUUUGACAUUGACAUUGCUGAAAAAUUUGACCAAAUUUUCUCCGACCAUGGUGAUAAUGAUAAAAAGUUGCCUAAACUGUCAAACUAUCUGAAGAGGUUUGUUACUAACACAUCUUAUCAAGAAGAGGAUUAUGAAGCUUUAGGGGUUAUUGAUGCUCAUAAGAUGAAUUUCCGAGAAUCCUUAGAAUUUGUUUCCACUCAAAAAGCCACGACAACCGAAUUUAAAUAUUUCAAAGAGCCUAAAAAGUUGCAACUGUAUAAAAAGUUGGACAAUCCAGGGUAUACUACUCAUAUUGACACCAGAUUCUUUAAUUACCCAAUUUUAACAAUGCACGAUAGACUACCGAUUUUGCAUGGUCUAGUUAAAGCCUGGUUUGAAUUCCUUGAAUAUUCUACCGAUUUCUCAAGUUGGAUAGCACAUGGGUCACUAUAUGCAUACAUGUAUAAUGGUGCGCAGUUUCCGUGGGACUUGGAUCAUGAUAUCCAAAUGCCUAUUGAUGAUUUAAUAAGAUUGUCAGUGAAAUAUAACCAAAGUCUAAUCGUAACAAACUCUGGUUCAGUUUGUUUUCUUGACAUUUCACCCUUUAUUUUAAAAGGUCGUCAUUUUUCUGGAGGUUUUCACAACCAUAUUGAUGCAAGAUUUAUCGAUGUAACUACUGGAUUGUAUAUCGACAUUACGGGUGUUGGUUUUAGCGGUGAUAUUUAUGAGGACGAACCACACGCUAAUGUUCGGUUGUCUUUAGAAUUUGGCAAAAACAUUUUGGAUGGUGGUAACGAUAUAUAUGAAUUCAAUAUGCAGAAUGGAAUUGUAAAUUGUAGGAACAGACAUUUUGCUAAAAUUGACGAUUUAUUACCUACUAGAAGGGCAAACUUUGAAGGUGUUACUGUUAAUAUUCCUAAUAAGCCCGUUAAUUUGUUAAGGGACGAGUACAGAAUAAUUUCAUUUUUGUAUGGGCCCGGUUUGCAAUAUAAAGGGUACAAUUUUAUUCCUGAACUAAGAUCAUGGUUGAAAUAUGAUUGGAUUAAGGGGAAGCUUGGAAUUUCAGAGGGGAAAAGACUUGGUGAAUUAAGCUUUAUUGAUGACUUACUUCCGUUUUUUCAUAAAAGCAGCGAGUUUUUCAAGGGCCAUGAAGAUGAACUGAUACACCUACUCAAUUUGCAGAGGGUCGCCAUAAAUAGAUUUGAAGUAAUAGGAAUUGAACAAUUAUGGUCGGACGACGUAGAGAAGGACCAAUAUAAUGGGUAUACUGAGGAGAUUAUGAAAAAGAAACUAGAAUUAAGCGAUGUACUGUCUAAUAAGGAUUUGAAGAAUCCUAUGUACAAGAGUUCUUCUCUGAUUGAUGUCAUUUACCACCAAAAAUGGGAGGAAGACUUGAAAAACUUUAAAUUAACCUCACCAGAUUUCAAGACUUUGAAUGAGUUCUGGUAUUCCAAAAAUAUUUAUUUGACGUCGCUGAAAGCCGUUGUUGAUCAAUUAAAGUUUGAUGUUAUCAAUGAUUACAUAUUUCAUAAGUAUUUGGUGAAUGAAUAUAAAGUGAUCAAAGGGGAUUAUGAUUAUCUUGAUCAAAUUAAACAUAAUAAUGAAGAAGAAGAAGAAGAAGAUGACAGCGGUGGAAUAUAUUUACAAAAUAAACAAAGUUUGCGAGACUUUGUUAGACCCAUAUUUGUAAUGGAGUUAAGUAAGAAUGAUGGUUCUCCUGAAAAGAAAAGACCCAAACCUUUUAUUAAAGAUAGACUUUACUUGGAACUGUGA